CUGAAUAUUUUCUUGAUAUUCUUUGGAAAGCAACUUUCACUUCACUCAUGAAUACGGAAAUAGUUUGUGAAAUGAUUGUUACCUACAUUUCAAUGUUUUACACAGCGCGGUGAUUGUUAAAAUUCGAAAACGAGACAUAACUCUUGCGGAUUGAAUUUCCGGUGUCAUGACGCGAAACGUUAGAAUUUGAAUUUUAUACUUUGCACCUUAUGGCGAUGCGCGCGCUACUAUCGGCGGUUUUCGGAAACUUCAGACUGUCUGACCGAUCACUCGAUCGGAAAAGAAAAGUAACAAUUGUUUCGUAAUUUAACAAGUCGAUGACGUGAUCGCCUUAUGCGAUUCCCCCAUCUAGGUUACCAAGAGACCAUGCUAUCUCUCUCGCACUCCUUCUGGCCGUGAGUGUGAGAAGGACAUACUUAUACGGGAAAAGUACAUAGUCUCCCGACUGAAUUACUAUCUUUCUUGCCGCGCAUAUGCAAUAGUCCAUCGUCCCUUCUUAGCCGUAAAAUGACAUACGUGAUUAAAACGUGUUCGUGUAUUUAUUCCGACCUUAACCUAAGAUAAUUUCCUUUUUAAUUUAUAAUACUACCAUGAUUUAGUUGUUAUUUUCUACCAACUAGUUUCUUCUUUGUUUUAUACAUUCGAUACGCUACGAUUAUAAGGAAUAAGGAUAUUUAACGGAAAGGUAGAGAAUGGAAGAUCACGGGACUAUGAAUGGAUUGACAAAAAUCUCGGAGCCUGUAAUAACAGUUCCGAACCCACGUAAUUUCCAACCAACCAUCAUGGCACAAGUCACGGUUUCACCUAUGCCAGGACAAUCAAAGUACACGCAACUGCUCGGUAUCAUCGAGGAACUGGGACGUGAUAUACGACCAACCUAUGCCGAGAAUUUGGAAUCCUGUAAACGAUGUUCACCACCUUGGACAGCUUCGAUACGGAAUUCCCUGCAGAUUCUGUGGAAUGUUGCCCUGUAAAUGAGUUCCAUCGAGUGAUAGCUUGCGGCACCUAUCUUCUAGUUCCCCCUGAUGAUAAAAAAAGCCAACCAUCUCAUUCGGAUGGACGAAUUGGCAAGGUCCACCUUCUUUUAAUCGAUGCCAAUGGAAAACUAACAUCGAUCAACAACACAAAUGUUCCUGCAGUCUUCGAUAUGAAAUGGGCAAAUGCCAGACUCUGUGAUAAAGUGUUACUAGGUGUAGCAAACUCUUCAGGUUCCUUGCAAAUGUUUCAACUGGAGAAUGAUGUAGAAGAAAAACCAAAGCUGAGCCUCAUAGACGAAAUAAAAAUUGCUCCCGAGGAUACGACUACAAUGGCAUUAUCUUUAGACUGGAGUAUAGGAAAAUGGUCAGACGACAUGUGUCAAGACUCGAACAUUGUUGGGAGCUAUUCUAAUGGUGCGAUCUCAUUAUUCAAACUGGAUGGAGAAGGCUUCAAAGAGAUCACAUCAUGGAGCGCUCACCAGUUCGAAACAUGGACUGCAGCUUUCGAUUAUUGGAACUCGAAUGUUAUAUAUUCUGGUGGCGAUGAUUGCAAAUUUCAGAGAUUCGACACAAGGGUUGGAUCGAAGCCUACCAAUGUUAAUCGCUCCCACACUGCUGGGGUCACAAGUAUCCGCAGCGAUCCAUUUAGAGAGUUUUCCUUAACGACAGGGAGCUACGACGAAACCCUGAGAUUUUGGGAUACUAGAAAGCUUCGAGCACCCUUGGGAGAAACGGUUCUUGGUGGUGGAAUUUGGCGCAUCAAGUGGGACCCCUUUGAUCGAGAACGUCUACUCACUGCCUGCAUGUAUGGCGGCUUUAAGGUGGUCGACUGCAAGAGACCAGAAGUUCCGAUUGUCCAUAAAGAAUGUCUGGAACAUGGAAGCAUCGCUUAUGGCUGCGACUGGUCCUUCAUAGAACCUGAAAAAUCCUCCCAUGAAGCACUGAUCGUUACCUGCUCCUUCUACAAUCACCUCCUCCGUUCCUCCUUGCUUUCGAUGACAGACGUUGAGAGCAUUAAUUCCUAUAUUAAUAAAACAGAAAUAUAAAAGAAAUUAUGGAUUUGCCGCGUCUAGCGGACUUAGGACUCUUUUUCUAGUUACAUAAUUGUUCUCGGAUUUCAGCAUUAAAAUCCAUGAUUUCGUGAUCGAAUAACUCUGUAACGCCAGCUUCCCCUAGCAUUAACAUUCAAUAUACUCGACCCGAAUUUGCAAUACCUAUAAAAAAAACCAUCCCACCGA